GCGCCGGGAUCUACGUAGGGCAGGGAAGUCAUGGCUUCUCCGUCCAAAGGCAACGACUUGUUCUCGUCCGAUGAGGAGGGCCCGGCCAUGGUGGCCGGGCCGGGCCCGGGGCCUGGGAGCGCCGAGGGGGGCGCCGAGGAGCGUCGCGUCAAGGUCUCCAGCCUGCCCUUCAGCGUGGAGGCGCUCAUGUCGGACAAGAAGCCGCCCAAGGAGGCGUCCCCGCUGCCGGCCGAAAGCGCCUCGGCGGGGGCCACCCUGCGGCCGCUGCUGCUGCCGGGACAUGGCUCCCGGGAAGCGCACAGUCCCGGGCCUUUGGUCAAGCCUUUCGAGACCGCCUCAGUCAAGUCGGAAAAUUCGGAAGACGGAGGGUCGUGGAUGCAGGAACCCGGCAGAUACUCGCCGCCACCAAGACACAUGAGCCCCACCACCUGCACCCUGAGGAAACACAAGACCAAUCGGAAGCCUCGCACGCCCUUCACCACGUCCCAGCUCCUUGCGCUGGAGCGCAAGUUCCGCCAGAAACAGUACCUCUCCAUCGCGGAGCGCGCGGAGUUCUCUAGCUCUCUGAACCUCACAGAGACCCAGGUCAAAAUCUGGUUCCAGAACCGAAGGGCCAAGGCCAAAAGACUGCAGGAGGCAGAACUGGAAAAGCUGAAGAUGGCAGCUAAACCUAUGCUGCCCUCCGGCUUCAGUCUCCCUUUUCCCAUCAACUCGCCCCUGCAAGCAGCGUCCCUGUACGGAGCCUCCUACCCUUUCCAUAGACCUGUGCUUCCCAUCCCGCCCGUCGGACUCUAUGCCACGCCAGUGGGAUACGGCAUGUACCAUCUAUCCUAAAGCCUUAAGACCGGAUCCAGAGACUCCAGGACGGAUAUUCGUUUAAAAGGGUUCCCCUCUCUCAAAGAAGGCGACCAACCCAGUCCUCCUGCAGCGGAAAUUUCAGGCACCAUCUGAAGAAGCCCACAGGGCCCCAAGUCAUAGUUUGAAUUUCUUCUUUAGGUGGGAGGCACCAACGUCCUGUUUACACGGUGUCAUAUCCUAAAUGCCCCCUUCUCCUUUCACGAAAAUUGGCUCUGGCAGUUUCUAUGUAUAAAUAUAUAUAUAUAAUAAAAUAUAAGACAUUUUUAUACAGCAAAAGUAAAAAUUCAAAUUAUUUUGAAAGGCAAAAUUUAUAUACAUAUGCAUUUUUCUAUAUAUCACCUUAAAGAGACUAUAAGUCUAUUUGUUAUUUUCUUAAAGGGGGGAGACAGGUUAUUUGCAAAUUGGCGCAAAUUUGGUAGUUUUGAUAGGCUGAGUUGACUUCUGCUUAUGGAAAUCAAAUACUAGAAUUAGACAGGAUGCAUAUAGGAAGUAGGUAAUGGGAAGCUUCUGGCGAAUUCAGGAGAUAAUAUAACAGGUUUGCAUUUUAUGUGCAUAAGAAGAAGCUUGUGAGGUGCUACCAGAUUGGACUCUGUUUCCCUGCUGCAUAUUGUUGGCUUUAUCAUUCUUUUUCCUAAGCUUGAAAAGAGGGGGAUGAGAGUAAUCCUGAGACCACCCCAGGGCAAGGUAGAAAAUAGAAAUACUGCCUAACUUCUCUCAGUGCUGUGCUCUUUAACUCCAUUUCGGGUCAUCAGAGAGCAAAAAAAUAAAGCAUAUCAGAAGAAAUUGAUUUCUAUGGAAUACUAGGUACAUCAACUCACACUUUGCAAAGAUGAUUUUUUUUGGGGGGGGGAGCAUAAAAGUGUAGUAAUUUUCUGCUUAAAAAAGCAAGUAUCCUGUAACCAUUACCUAUGCUAAAUAUUCUUGAACAGUUAGUAGAACCAGGAAGGGAAAAGAAAAUCAUGCUUUCUCUGUGUGUGUACCUAUUGUAUGUGCUAAACUUAUUAGGAAAAAUUUACAUACUUUUUAACAUGUUGGGAGCAGAGGGUAAAGCCACCCUUUAGCUUGCUAAAAAUGGUGUUGUCAAACAGGCCAAUUAGCGCCCUGGUGUGUCACCUUUGUGUCCAUCUCCCUCCCCCAGUACACGUUCAUCCCUUUGAAAGGGUACAUUGUACAAUUUUAUAUAUUUUAUUGAAGAGUUAUUUCUUAUCUCGUAUUCUGAAUUAAAUUAAAUGUUUGUUUUA